GCGACUUCUUGUUGGCCACCUACAACCGCCAACCGUCCCCCCAGCAACCACGAAUUCGUCUUCGCUCGCGCCCUCAAGACAGAAUCUUUCUAAGAGUCUAUCCUUGAAGCGAAGACUCAGAGCUGUCCGCCACUGUACUUACCAUUCUAGCCACUCCAUACCUACCCAGCCAGCUAGGCUACUCCACCUCUAGUAUCGUCCAACCUGUUACUGGAUCGUACCGCUUGAUCAUAGAGUUCUCGGGGGACGCCGGUGAGAGGGUCUCGAGUUACCCUGUUGCCCUUCCGCAAAUGAUCGAGGCGAAGCCAAACUUAAUGACCAUACCGGCUGAGUUGCGAUUGCAAAUUCUUCGAUGCCUUCUCCACGUCAUAUUCUACAUCCUACUCUUCCCAUCAGAUAGUGGUACCCUCUCUCGCAUCGAACGUAUCAGCCAAAGGAAACCUCUAUACCCCUCGAUCCUCUUAGCUUGCAAGCAGCUCCAUGAUGAAGGUACUUUGAUUCUUUACGGCGAGAACAUUUUCAUGCUCACCGUCAAGUACAUCCCUUCUGUCCAGCGCAGACUGCCAACAUACUGGCCAUAUAUCCGCAUUGCCUUCAUCUCUCUUCCAGAACUCAGUAUGUCGGUGCUCAAACUUCCGCCUAGAAUCCGCAUUCUUAAGCUCUACCUGAACUACGGUCAGUCAAAGCUAGCGAGGCGGUGCUCAAAUUCGGCUUCGGAGCAGGCUACGCAGGUUCUAGACAAGAUUCGAGAGCUGAAGGAUGGGGGUCUGAAGAAGAUUGUGUUUGACGAGGAAUACUUCAAUAUGGGGAAGAUGAAGGAUGCGAUGCUGGAGGCGCUUGAAAUUUAAAUGCUUCCGCUGGAGGAUUCGUCUUAGUGUUGGUUUGAUUGGGCCAACGCUGGAUUUCAGGGCGUUGCUGUGGGCUCCAAUGGAAUUAUACCUAACUAGCAUGGCUUGUCUUAAGUUAUCAAUCCUAUCAAUGUUAC